GUAAGUAAAAAGGCCGGAGAGAAAAAAAAAAGAGGCAUUGUUAUAACAGCGCAUUGUGAAGUGGAAUACGAUUUGCGCCGAAAUACCGAAACAAAGUAGAAGCAAGUGUUGCACAUAUUUUUUGGAGCUUAGUUUCUCCAGAAUUUUGCAAAAUUUAUUCAAAAGAUUCAUUUCUCGACUGCUAUCGCUUGUUCUAUUUUACUGCGGGCAGAGCAGAGGGGAGGAGAAAUUAACGAAAGAUCUUCUGUUUUAGAGUUUGCUUUGAAUGCUUGCCCUUUAAUGGAAGAGGAGUUUAUGGUUUAGUUGUUUGUCUCUUAGCAUAUGCUGUAGCUACAAUCACAGAAUUGUACGGAAAAUUCCUUCAUUGAUCUAAACUGGACUAAAAAUGAGCACCAAGGAACUAGAGACAUACCUAUCUGAUGUUGGAAGCUCAAAUCAGUUCGAGACAAACAGUUCAAAAUAUGUCUCUCAUGUCAAGAAGUUACUAUAUCGACGAAUGCUGGUUGGUAUAAGUGAUGGAAGGUUCUUUCUAGGUACAUUUUAUUGUAUAGAUAAGCAAGGAAACAUAAUUCUUCAAGAUGCAGUCGAGUACCGUAGCACUAGAAGAUCUGCCCCUUCUCCAAUGGAACAGCGAGUUCUUGGUCUCAUUUUAAUCCCUUCUUCAUGUCGGAAAACAUGUCAUGUGGAUUGUUCUAUUGACGAACAGUUGUCACUAAUGUCGCUUGGGGAGCAAAAGUCAUAAUUAUUCGUGGCGAUAAACUUGAUCCAAUUGGAUGAACAUCUUCCCUGUUUGAUUUAUCGUGACAAUUGAUUAUUUCAUUUUCAAGUGUGUACUUUACUGGUGUUAUAUUAUCAUAUGUUUUUUCUCUUUUAGGAAGAAGCUGAUGAGCCUGUCAUCGAUAAACUUGUUAUUUUCUGUUGCA